UUGGGUCAGACACAGAAUUCAACCUUUCUGUGAUCUAGUACUCCAUACUUUACAUUUAUAUGGUGUUCAGAUUAAUUGUUUUAUCUGUCUUCUAUAAGAGCACAAGGAACCUGCUAUAAUUUAGAAUUAAAUCUUCAAGAAUUAAUCUUCAUUGCAGCAGUGAUUUCUCAUCGAUUUGAAGGAAAGAUGAGCGCCAGUUCUUCAGAGGCUUCGAACAUAAGAAGGCUAGAAGGUAAGGUGGCAUUGAUAACUGGAGGUGCUAGUGGCAUAGGUGAGAGCACAGCAAGGCUUUUUGUCCAGCAUGGUGCAAAGGUCCUCAUUGCAGACAUCCAAGAUGAUCUCGGACAAGCUAUUUGUCAAGAGCUUGGAGAAGAAAACAUCACAUAUGUUCACUGUGAUGUUACAUUGGACUCAGACGUCGGAAGUGCAGUUGAUUUAGCUGUCUCCAAGUAUGGAAAGCUUGAUAUCAUGUUCAACAACGCUGGUACAACCAGCCCUGACAAGAAUAUAGUUUCUUCAGAUGAUGAGAGAUUCAAGAAGGUUCUUGAUGUCAAUGUGUUUGGAGGGUACUUGGGUGCCAAACACGCUGCCAAGGUGAUGAUUCCAGCCAAGAAAGGAUGCAUUCUCUUCACUUCAAGCGUAUUCUCAGUCAUAGCUGGCACUGAUGCCGGACAUGCCUAUGUGACAUCAAAGCAUGCACUUGUGGGGUUGGCUAAGAAUCUGUGUGUGGAGUUGGGACAGUAUGGAAUAAGAGUAAAUUGCAUUUCGCCACACGGAGUGGCGACUCCACUGCUAAGAAGACCGUUCGGCAUGAUGGCGAAGGAGAAAUUGGAGGAGGUGGUUUCCAUGGGGGCAAACUUGAAGGGGACGGUGUUGGAACCAGAAGAUGUGGCUCAAGCUGCUCUUUAUUUAGCAAGUGAUGAAUCCAAGUACGUAAGUGGACUCAAUCUGGUCAUUGAUGGAGGCUACAGCACCACCAAUCCCACAAUGUCAACGGUUAUCAAGAGCCUGUUUUCUUAAUUUACGGAACAACGUUCACAAUACAUAAUAGCAUAAUGUAUUGUCAUUUUAAGCCAGAUUGCUAUAAUUUGUACUAAAUAAAAAAAAUGAAUAUUAUGUCAUUUUAGAAGUGCAUUUUUAUUCAAUUAAUGUAUUCAUCAUUUAGUAUGAAUUUGUGUGAAUUUGUCUUGU